ACACUAUUUUCCAAUUUCUCUUCCCUCCCUAAAAUGCUAAUUUCCCCAAGUGUUCUUGCCAACAACAAACAGAUUCCUUCUCUCUUUCAUUAAUUCCAGUCAGUAAUUUGCAGAUUUCUGUAACAGCCAAGUCACUGAGGUGAAAGAUGACUGCUAAUAUCCAAAAAUUCCGAAAUCUUUCAACUGCUGUGAAUCAUAGUUUUGAGUCAAGAUGUCUCUUGCAUCACUGUCGCUUUCUGCACCAUGGUCCAGACACUAUGGAGGAAUUAUUGGAUAGACAUGUGGUCAAAAAGGAGAAGAGCCUUGAUGAUGACGAGAACGAGCUCCUAAAUAGACAGCGACUCACUAGCAGUCGCCGUGAGGCUCUAAGUCUCUACCGAGAUGUCAUCCGUGCUACUCGGUUCUUCAUGUGGGCCAACUCUCAAGGCAACCUAUGGCGUGAUGUACUCAGAGAAAAUGUCCGAAAGGAGUUUGAGGAGGCACGAUUUGAGAGAGAUCCAGAAGUCAUCACCAGGUUGCUUAUUGGAGGCCGGGAUGCUCUGCAAGCUGCUUUGGAUAAACUUGCUGAGAAACAAAAGCAAGAAAUCGAAAAGCAACGUGGCAAUUCAAAUACUCCUUGAUAUUCCGGUGUUGUGAAAUGUACAGUGAUAGUUCAAGAACCUUAACAAGUGAAGCUCUUCCGCGUGGAGAUUAUGCAAUACAAUUGUAAUUGUUAUAAUCUUCUCGUUACUCUUUCAACCUUCAUUAUACUUGUACUUUCCAGAAACAGGAGAAACUUUAGAGAAUUUUUAGACUUGUUUGGUUUGUGUAGGGAUUUAACCUUGUCUGUUUAAUGGUCAUAAGCUUAAGUGCCACAUAGCAGAGGCCCUUAAACUAUUCGAAAAGUUCCAUAUUGUAACAAAGCCAGAGCCAGAAUUGAAGCUUACGACUUUGGGAUUCUAGUUUUGUUAAGUUAUUGAAUUCUGAAAUUGAUAAUUUGUAUAUAUUCAAAUGAACUCUUAAG